CAGGUCUAUAUGUAGGUUAAAGCUACAGAGCUAAGCUAGCUACAUUGCUGUUUAACAAAGUGCACGUUGGAGCUAUUGUCCUGCAGAUGAUAAUUGUUAUGCUUAAAAAGCCUAAAAAGCUUUAAAAAAUCACAAUUACGACUUAACGAGUAACAAAAACAAAACGAUGCUUCGCCGAAAGCCUACUCGUCUGGAGCUGAAGCUGGAUGAUACCGAGGAGUUUGAGAGUGUGAAGAAAGAGCUGGAGAGCAGAAAGAAACAGCGAGACGAAGUGGACGUGGUCGGAGUUACACCAAGUGAGAUGAGCGGCUCUGUCGGAGGUUCUGAUGGGAAAACCCGAGAGCAAACCAUACACGAGCGGAUAGGAUACAAACCUCACCCGAAGUCGAACACGCUUCCGUCGUUCUUUGGGAAUCUCCAGUUUUGAGUAACGAACGAACUAAGUGAAAUGACUGACCUUCGGCAUGUUACGCACCGAUGCCGUUUUGUUUGGGAAACUGAAGAGGAUGGAACCCAGAGCCACUCCAUGCUGAAGUUGUUCUCAAUGUGUUUUGUAAUCCGUUCUACUAAUUAUUAAAAAUAAAAGCAAUGUACAUA